AUGACGAAGAUCGACAAAAAUGAGCUAGAAUAUCAUGUGAAGAGGGCUCAGUGGCUUCGGGCGGCCGUGUUGGGAGCCAACGACGGGCUCGUCUCCACAGCAUCGCUAAUGAUGGGUGUCUGCGCCGUCAAGCCGGAAGCCCGGACCAUGGUACUCUCCGGCCUCGCAGGUCUUGUGGGUGGAGCCUGCAGCAUGGCCAUUGGAGAAUUUGUGUCUGUUUGCACUCAGCUUGACGUUGAGCUCUCUCAGAUUAAGAGGGACAAAGCUGGCGAUGAAAAGGAGAAGGGGCUGCCCAAUCCUUUUCAAGCGGCAAGCGCUUCGGCCCUGGCUUUCUCGGCCGGCGCAGUGGUGCCGUUGCUUUCGGGGGCAUUCAUUGAAGACCACUGGGUGCGCAUUGGAGUUGUGGUGGCCGCAUCCAGUGUGGCUCUGGUGGUGUUUGGAGCAGUCGGAGCUUGUUUUGGAAAGUCGGCGGUGGUGAAGGCAUCGGUGCGGGUUCUGCUUGGAGGUUGGGCUGCCAUGCUCGUAACUUAUGGUGUCCUCCGCCUCUUUGCCACCUUCGGAAUCUGAUCAAAUGACGUUGUACUAUCUUUGCC